AAAAAAUUGUUGGAUUUUUUGUCAGCUCAGCAGGAAACGGUACAAAUAAUGAAGGCACAACAAAGAAUGGUGCAAAUAAUGAAAGCGAAGAUAUAGAAGAAAUAGAAAAUAUUCCAAAAACUUUGAUUUCAGAUGUAGUAUCAUUAAAUGUUCCUGAUGAGGUUCCUGUUCCUAAUCAAGAGGAUUCUGACCAGGUACAACUUACUACAAAAAUAAAUCUUUUAAAAAAAAUAAAGUCUAAUGAUAUAGAAAGAAUAAUUUUUGCUGAGAUACAUAUUGAAGCUGCUAUUAUGUUACUAGAGGAACUUUUCAACAAAUUAUUGGAACGAUUUUGUAACAAAUUGCAAGAAGAAAUCUCAGGCAAGAUUCUAGAAAAUAAUGAAGUUUAUAAAAAAAUGAAGGCAGAAGAAAAUUGUAUUACGAAGAAAAUAAAAUUCCAAGAGAACAUGAAAGAAUUUUCUACUAAAUUUUCUAACAUCAACGUGGAAGAAAAUUUACUUAAGGUUUCUAAAAAUGCUGAAGCAAUUUCUCCUGAAGCUUCUAAAAGAAUCAAUGAACUUUCUCCUGAAAUUAGUAAUAAAACAGAGAAGGUUAAAGAAUUUGUUAAUAAAGUCAACGAGAAUACAGAAGAAAUUACUACGAAACUUUCUGAUGAAAGAGAAAAAAUAACGGAAGUUUCUAAUGAUAUCGAAGAGGAAGUGAAAAAUUUUUCUACAGGAAUUUCUAAUAAAAUCAAAAAGGAAAUUUUUAGAAAUAUUCAAGCAAAAAUUGAAGACUAUUUUUACGAAACUCUUAAUGAAGUUUACCAAAUAUAUGAUAAAGCAGAAAGUUAUGAUGGGCAAGAAACUUCUAAUGAAGGACAAACGUCCAAUAAACAUAUAUCAUUAAUUUCUGUUGAGCAAGGAAUAACAAAUGAUAAGAGCGUAACAAAUGAUAAGAGCGUAAUAAAUUUUAAAACUGAGAAAAUCAGAAACAUAUUUUCUGAGGCAAUGAGAGAAAAACGCACUGAUAUUAUAAACAUUAUAAACGCAGAAAAAGAUAACCUUGAUAAAUUACUGGAAAGUGUAACUGAGAAAUUAAAUAACGAUGAUGGCAAGGACAUAGAUAUGGAACAUAUCAUAUUUAUCAUUUGUGCAAUACUUGACAGCGAAUCUUUAUUAUUUUUGGAUGACAUAUCAAGAGAUUAUGCUAAAAAAGUAAAAGCUCAUGUAAAAAGCAAAAAACAAGAUAAUAACAAUCAUAAUCCCGAAGUUAUCAAUCCUAAACCCAAAACUAUUGAACAUAAAAUUAAAGUGUUUAUUUUAUUUAGAGUAUUGUUAGAAGUUAUUGCUAAGAAUAUUCCACUUAUUAUUAUUAUG